AUGGUUUAGUUAGAUAAGAGCUGCAAAAAUCAUAGUUAACCAGUGGCUUCAUUUACUUUAUAACAGAAUUUAACUUAAACUUUUAGUGUAUCGUUGUCGUUUGGCGAAAUGGUGGACUUGUUUAGGUCGCUGAAAGAUAUUUGUUAAUGUAAAUUAUUUGCGUUUUGGAUUGCCGAGUGAUGAAGUGUCAAGAGCUCUUUUCCAUUUAGUACUAUAAUACUAAAGUAAACACCGUUGAAUAUUAAAUAAAUCUUUAAAUGUGCAAUAUCUGAUUAAUCGCCUACGUUCAAGCAAAGCCACGUAAUGAGUGAUUUUAUUAUUGGUGGUUUGGCCUCUGUGGGGACCAUACUAUUCACAAAUCCACUGGAGGUGAUUAAGACGCGCUUACAACUGCAGGGUGAGUUAGCCGUGCGCGGGACCUACGAUGUUCGCUAUAGGGGUAUAGUGCAUGCCUUUGUGACAGUUAUCAAAAAUGACGGUUGGACUGGACUGCAAAAAGGGCUGGUGCCGGCAAUGUACUUUCAAUUUACAAUAAAUUCUAUACGACUUGGGAUGUACAACGCCGCAGUCAAUAGGCAGUGGACUCGCACCAAGGAUGGUGGUGAAUCAUUUGGAUUGGGGCUCUUUUGGGGCGCUGCUGGUGGCGCCGUCGGAGCCUAUUUUGCUAGUCCAUUUCUAAUGAUAAAGACUCAGCUGCAGUCACAAGCGGCCAAGAACGUGGCUGUAGGAUAUCAACAUCAUCACACUGGUAUGUUUAACGCCAUGAAGCAGAUUUAUCUAAGUGGUGGACUUGCAGCAUUGUGGCGUGGUUCUAUAGCCUCCAUACCACGGGCUUCAAUUGGUUCGGGCGCACAAAUCGCCACAUUUGGCAAAACAAAAUCAAUGCUUCGCGAACACAAUUUAGUUGUACAACCAACAUUGAACUCAAUGUGUGCUGCUUUCUUGGCUGGUUGUGUUGUAACAUUGGCAAUCACGCCGCCGGACGUUAUAUCAACACGGCUCUACAAUCAAGGUUUGGAUGCUAAUGGCAAAGGCUUAUUAUAUAGCGGUUGGUGGGAUUGUUUUUUCAAAAUAGCGCGGAGCGAAGGUUUAUAUGGGCUCUAUAAGGGCUUUUGGGCAAGCUACUUGCGAUUUGCUCCGCACUCGGUACUUUUGCUGGUAUUUUUCGAUGAACUCUUAGCUUUGAAACAUAAGUACCAAAGGCGACAUAAAACUGUAAAUAAAGCGUAGGCGAAAUACUUCAAACCAAAUUACAACUAGAAAGGCUAUACAAUUUAACGGAAUCGUUCCUUCGUUUAUGAAACGAUAUUUCCUAAUUCGGAUAUUCUACAUUACAGUUGCGAGAACCCUUAACAACGUAUGCAAUCUACAAAAUCAUUUAUUAAAGAAAUAUUAUUAGCAAUAUGUAAAUACGUACAUACAUAUGUAGGUAGAAAGAAGAAGAAACAAAUCGAUUUUAGGACUAGAAUGCACAAUUAUCUUUGCCGAGAUGAAAGCAUUGCUGCAUGAACACAAUUUAAAGAUGCAACCUUCAUUGAAUACAGUGUGUGGGGGUUUCUUAGCUGGCUUAGUAGUUUCAAUUACCAUUACACCGUCAGCUGUUAUUGCAACACGUCUCUAUAAUCAGGGAUGAGUAAGGUAGAGGUUUGUUCUACAAUGGUUUGCCUCUGUUGGAAUUAUAAUUUGUUGGAAGUAUACUUUUUUCUUCACCGGUGAGAGUAGCUCUGCAAAAAAAAAUAAUGUGCGACCACUUUAAAACUCGUUCCACCAAACUUUGUCAAUCGUCAUCGAAACAAAAUUGUCACCAUAUUCAACGUCCAGGUUUUUAUUGAUUUCGCUAAGCAAUUUCGCUUCCAAUUUUAUGUAUAAAUACAAAUAUCUUGAAGUUCUUAAUGGUUGAGGUUAUGAUAUAAAUUCGAAAAGACGUUCUAUAAUCUUCAUACCGGAAACAACAUUUGAGCAUGUGAAGGAAAUGGCUAAGAGUUACCAGACUUCAUAAGCAGGUAUUUAAAAAACACUCGAAGGAUUUUGGUCUAAAACCCUUUCAAGUAUGACUUGCUCAGGAAAGUUAGCACGAUUUCUAUAACCCAGUAUUCGGAGGUAAAAGCAGAGCCCAAGAACCUAACUUCAUCUGGUUAAAUUGUAAUUGAAGCGGAUUCCUCUAUACUGACUCCAUAAAAGUCGAAUACUCAGUAAAAUUGUAUAUUGCGCAGAAAAUCUCCUACAUACGCCUCGAUUCGAUAAAUAGAAAUAACCUGAUUUUAAUACAUCCAACCCAUAAUCAAAAUAAUGUGUUUGUUUUGCCGCAACGAAGAGGGUAAAUCCGUUUUGAAAGGACUCAUUUGUAUUAAGUAAUUUUCUAUAGAAAUCAGAGGCGAAUACACGGGAUGGUGGUUUUGGAUUUUAUAGCAUAUUAUUGCAUAUUAUAAUGCCGUUUUGUGGGCGAGGCAGUGGUCCUAUUACGUCCAUCUGUAAUACCAAACCCCCCUUGGAUUCAAGGAAUACAUAUACCAAGUCAUCCGAAUUUUAACAAGUCUCAUCGUCCUGGUCAUUUAUAUAUACAUAUGCACACAUGUAUAUAUAGCCAUAUAUGUAUGUAUUUAUCUCGAAUAGAUGACUCAAACAACCGUUAUAACAUUUAUCUAUCUAUCUAUCUAUCUAUCUAACUGUUAGGUAGAAUGUAGUAACAUGUCGCAAAAGUAUAAAAUUAUGUUAGAAGGAAACCAUGGAUCCGCCACAAACAGAAAUAAAAUUAUAUUAGUCUAAAUAAACUUUUAAAAGUGUGUUUUAUGAGAGUAUACAAAUUUUAUAAAAUAAAUGUUUACUAUAAUUAAAUAAAUUUAUUAAUUUAUAUUGGA